AUGCCCUACGCCGAUUCCUUUGGUCGGGGAACUCCCCUCACUUGUCGACCCCGAGCCUUAACUCCGACCGCCACCGAGCGGAUCGCCAAUCCAGAUCCCGCUCACUGCCACGCCGCCGCUUCUGAACCAGUGGCUCCAAAUCCCGAGCUCGGUCUCCCAUUCACACCGUUGGACGCAGAACUUUGGUCCCCGGAUCUCCUCCGCGUUGCCGCUUCAGUCCGGACCUUAACCACAGUCGUGGACUUUACCAUGGCUGACGCGAACUCCGACGCAGUCUCCGAUUCCGUUAUUCCCGCUCCUGAGAUCCCCACCCCUGCAGAAAACCCCGCCGCGGAUCCAGUCCCGCCUGCAGCUUCUGACGCCAUGAACACCACUUUGACCGCGAACUCCGAAGCAACGCCGCCCGUGGCUCCUCCGUUAACCAAUGAUGAGAUUGCCUGCAUGCUCCAGUCAACCCGGGAUCUUCCGCUCUCGGAUGUCGGUACCCUCUCAGAACAGAUUACCGCGCAACUCUCCGACCGCUUUCCGGACGCGCCCAACAACAAAGUCUUUGACCUCCUCAUGUCGCUCCUUCUGCAGACCGCGAUCUCCGCUCGCCGCCGUCAACAAAUCCUGGCCGAUUCGUUAUUGAUUCACCACGAUCUCAUCAACACACUCUCCCGCGCCAUCCUCAAUCCGCGACCACCACCCUCGGCAUUUCUCAUCUUGUCCUUCAGAGUUGAUGGAAGCGCCGGAAGCCGGUCCCCCCCCUAA